GAUACUCAUUUGUUUUUCCUACCUAGGUUUUUGAAACAUGAAUCCUUCAGUGUUCCUGAUUGCCCUUUGCUUGGGAAUAGCCUCAGCUAUUCCAAAACAUGAUGACCGCUUAAAUGCACAGUGGCAACAGUGGAAGGCAACGCACAGGAAACUAUAUGACCCGAAUGAAGAACAAUGGAGGAGAGCAGUGUGGGAGAAGAAUAUGAAAAUCAUUGAACUGCACAAUCAAGAAUACAGACAAAGGAAACAUAGCUUCACCAUGGCAAUGAAUGCCUUUGGUGACAUGACCAGGAGAGAAUUCAGACAGGUGAUGAAUAGCUUUCAAAACAAGAAGAGCAAGAUGGGGAAAAUGUUCCCAGUAGCUGUCAAUAUUUCCAUCCCUGCUUCUUUGGAUUGGAGAGAGAAGGGCUAUGUAACUCCUGUGAAGAACCAGGGUUCGUGUGGUUCUUGUUGGGCCUUUAGUGCCACUGGCGCCCUUGAAGGCCAGAUGUUCCGGAAAACUGGCAAACUUGUCUCACUGAGUGAGCAGAAUCUGGUGGACUGCUCUUGGCCUCAAGGCAAUGAGGGCUGCAACGGUGGCCUAAUGGAUUAUGCCUUCCAGUAUGUUAAAGACAACGGAGGCCUGGACUCAGAGAAAUCCUAUCCAUAUUCUGGAAAGGAUGAAACCUGCCAUUACAGACCCCAGGAUUCUGCGGCCAAUGACACUGGGUUCAUGGACAUCCCUAAGGAGGAGAAGGCCCUACUGAAGGCAGUAGCGAGUGUGGGACCCAUCUCUGUUGGUAUAGAUGCAAGCCUUACCUCUUUCCAGUUCUAUAAAAAAGGUAUUUAUUACGAUCCAGACUGCAGCACUGAAAACCUAGAUCAUGGCGUCCUGCUGGUUGGCUACGGCUUCGAAGGACUAGGCACAAAUAAUGAUAAAUAUUGGCUCGUCAAGAACAGCUGGGGUGAAGGCUGGGGCAUGAAGGGCUACAUAAAGAUGGCCAAAGACCGAAACAACCACUGUGGCAUUGCCUCCGCGGCCAGUUUUCCUACAGUCUGACCCUCAAGGACUGGAUGAGAACAGAGUACCCAGAGAAAGGACGUUACCUUAAAACUGACCAGACCUUAUUGUGUGGGAUGAAACACUUGAAUUAUUGAAGAUCCAAGCUGUGACUUGAAUCCUGUGAUAUUUUCCAAUGAUGAACUGUGACCACUUUAAUUACUGCUGUAAAUAGGUUUGUAUGAUUGACUUCCCUAAUAAAUUUUUAAUGUUCAUGUUUUAAAA